CAGGCCACGUCUCCCCCGCAGUGCGACGUCAUCUGCCCUGGGCGCCCGCCGGCCGGCUUCUUCCCUUUCUCGACCCCCGCUCCGGCCGGCCUCCGGAGGCACGUGCCGUGACGCGUGCGUAAUGUGGGACGCGCGUCGAACAGAUUGAAAUCUCGCGAAGACAAAAGCUGGGUGUGCGCGUCCGGUGGCUCCAGCAUCUUUCUCGCCGCAUCCCCUACGACGAUCUCUCUGAAAGCAACAGCCAUGGCCCCGCUUGCCGUGAAGAUCAAGCACGCUGGAAAGGUGCACGACGUGCAGCUCGACCCCGAUCAGCCUCCGACCGUCUUCAAGGAUGCGGUCUACCAAGUGACCGGCGUCCCACCAGACCGUAUGAAAGUCAUGAUCAAGGGAGGGGUGCUCAAGGAUGACACAGACUGGAAGAAGGUCGGUCCCAAAGAGGGUCAAACGUUCAUGGUUAUUGGCGCCGCAGGGGAGCUGCCAAAACCCCCAGAAAAGCCAAUUGUGUUCCUCGAAGAUAUGGACGAGUCGUCCCUCGCAGAAGCUCUCGCACUCCCUGUCGGUCUCAAGAACCUCGGAAACACAUGUUACAUGAACUCCACUCUCCAAGCACUACGUGCAAUUCCUGAGCUCCAAACAGCACUACAGAGCAACGCACCGCCUGGUCUUCCCUCCGCACUGGGACAACUAUACCAGCAGAUGUCGAAGACCACGGACAGCGUUGUGCCUGGCACAUUCCUUACAGCACUGCGCCAAGCGUUCCCGCAGUUCGCGGAGCAGAGUCGGAGUGGCAAGGGGACUGGUGGCUUCGCGAUGUAUGCUCAGCAGGAUGCUGAGGAGUGCUGGGUGCAAAUGACGAACUCCCUGAGGGAUGUGUCCAUUCCUGGCCCCUCAGACGGUUCUUCGCUCCCUCGAAAGUUCGUUGACCAGUACAUGACGGGCGAGUUGCGCAGAGAGCUGAAGUGCGACGAGGCACCAGAUGAGCCUCCAUCCAUCUCAUUCGAGAAAGCUCUCAAGGUCGAGUGCAACAUCUCGAUCACGACGAACUACAUGCUCCAGGGUAUCAAGGACUCUCUGAACCAGAAGAUCGAGAAGAACUCGCCAACACUAGGCCGUGAUGCUCAGUACACCGCCACCUCCCGCCUCUCCCGCCUGCCCAGCUACCUCACCAUUCACAUGGUGCGCUUCGCAUGGCGGACGGACAUCGGGAAGAAGACGAAGGUCAUGCGUAAAGUGAAGUUCCCGACAGACUUCGACGUGGUCGAUCUCGUAACGGACGAGCUGAAGCAGAAGAUGAUGCCGCUCGUGAACAAGUACCGCGAGGUCGAGGGCGAGCGCUCUGAGCGGCGAAGCAUCCGCAAGAAGACCGCCCUCCGCAUUGCGAAGGAGCAGAAGGCCAUCGCAUCCGGCAGCGCACCCGCAGAAGCGUCCUCGUCUUCGGCCCCUGCGGACGCGGAUGCGGAGCCUGUUGCGAUGGACAUCGACCUGGAGGACGAGUCCGUGUACCGGCAGAGGGAGAAGGCCCAGCUCGAGGCACUGAUCCACCCAGACCUCCAAGCAGACAUCGGCUGCAGCCUGACAGGCCAAUAUGAGCUUAUCGCGAUCGUCACCCACAAAGGCGCCGCGGCCGACUCGGGCCACUACAUGGGCUUCGUCAAGAAGAGCGCGAUUCAGAAUCAGAAGCCCUCCACGGGCGCGUCUGGGUCGUCGUCGAGUGCAGUGACGCCGGCGCCCGCGCAGGAGGACGAGGAUUGGUACAAGUUCGACGACGACAAGGUGUCGGUGUUCCCGAAGGAGAAGCUCGCGACGCUCGACGGCGGAGGCGAGGACUCGUCGGCGUACGUGCUGUUGUACAAGACGAAGCCGCUUGCGUAAGGGGCGUCAGUGUGUAAGUGUCCAACGAAGGUGUUGUACAGAUGUGCGAUAA